GUCAAACGUUAAAAACAACAGUACUGAAUUUGCAGCAGAGGUAGGGUUACCAUAUUUUUGUGGCUUCAAAGCGGGACGCCUCCGGAGACAACGACCCCGUAACUGUUAUUUUGUAACUUUACAGUUUCCAAUUCUACUACAUAGGCCUACAUUUGAAGCCAUCCCGGUUGUCUUCAUUGCCCAUAUUGUACUCGAGAGUUCAUUCGCAUAUUCUCUGUCCAAAUAUCGGGUUCAGUUCGAAACAUAUAAGGGAAUUGACGUUAACGAAUUACAAAUAAUCCGUACGGAUAAUUCAAAUUUUCACUAAUUUGUAUUGGUUUUACAUGCGAUACGUUAGCUAACAAUGUAACCGGAAAACAAAGCAUUCGACUACAGUAAGUAGGCGAGCGUUGCGCUACACAGAAACAACAGUAACGAAUACACGUACGUCUAUUAAGCUGAAUGGCUGAACGCCAAAGCGGGACAUUUGGCUGACUUGUCGGGACGGCGGGACAAGACGCUAAAAGUGGGACUGUCCCGCCUAAAGCGGGACGUAUAGUAAGCCUAAGCAGAGAAUUUCAUCACUUUCUGGAAUCUGUUUUCGGACAUGAAACAUUUAUGGAUGCAAACCAUGUCUGUAUUUCGGGAGAUCGGAUUAGUGGAAACCGAACUGAAAAUAAUCGGUAACAAAUUUUGGUUUCUUCUUGGUAUGAUAAAAAACUUAAUAAAAGCAUCUGAAAUAGAAAGGAAGAGAAUACUGGAUGAUCUUUCCUCAAAAGUGAUGAUGAAAUUCCAACAACUCCAGAAUCCCAGGGACUGCAUGGACACUCAGCUACUGAUUUGUAAAAUAAAUACCGAAAUAGGCUGUGGAUUUGGCUGUGAGACUCACUCACUCAUCGGCUGCAUUAUGAGGACUCUUAGGAGUCAACGGACCCUAAUUUAUAUUAGUAAAGGAUGGAAAUAUGCUAAACAUGGUCGAGAAUAUGCAUUUGUUCCGUUGAACAACUGCUCGACACGGUCAUCUACUGAAUCAUAUGAUACCGCAGAAGAUACUGGAAAUGCAACAAUCAUCAAAACAGACUCAAACGCAUUUCAAGAAUGGAUUUGUUGGUCUAUUCCACGUCAGUUAGCACCUACUUUGCAAAAAUACCAUGCAGAACCAUUUCUUUGGUGGAUCGGGCAAUUGAUAAAAUAUGCAAUGAAACUUCACCCAUGGAUGGAAGAAGAGUUUAACAACAUCAUAACGCGUAUAGAAUUCACAGGCCCUGUUGUUGGGAUACAAAUUCGUAGGGGAGAUAAGUUAAAAGAUUCGGGAGGGUUUCAUGAGAUUGAUGAAUACAUGUUCUAUGCUGAUCAAUAUUUCAACAAUUUAAGGAAGACCAAUAAACAUAUUCAACCAAAAGUAUUCCUAGCUACAGAAGAUGAAUACGCUUUGCCAGAAUUGACAAUGAGGUGUGUCGCGCUGCCUAGGAGGUAAUGUCAUCAAAUCGUGUCGACGCGGCGACUCAAAUUCAGUCAUCAGAUACCGGGCAUCGACUGAAGAACAUUCUUUACGCUUCAUGGAGUGCUACAGCUGACCAUCACCCUAUUAAAUCCGAGGAACUUGAGUUGCAAAAAGGUGACACGGUGAAAGUGUCGAAGUUUUAUCAUGAUUCGUUAAACGAUGGAUAUGUAUUGGCACGUAAUCCGGCUAGGGAGAAAGGGAAAAUCCCAGCCCACAAGGCCCGUGAAGAACUAACUCUUUUAGAUUUCCCUAUAUUUGAGCAGUAAACGUUAUUAACUCUCCGUUCUAUUGCUAAUUAGCAGCUUCUGUCUGAAUUCGAUGAAAUUUUAAGGGUCAUAUUUCAUGGAAUCACCGAAGCCUUGAAAUAUA